AUGUGCUCAUCUUUAGACGGUUCUGGUGAGCAAUUCUUCAGUUGCUCACACACUAACUCACAAAACCUUCACUUGCAGAGCAAGUCUAGGCAGCUUACCAGAACUGUGUGCAGCAUAAAAGCAGUGCUGCUGCACUGGCGCUGGAGAUGCAUGCACACGCGCGACAUGGCUAAGAAUCCUACUACUUCUUCUGCUCUUCUUGUGCCCAUCUUGGCCUCCUUGUUCUUCCUCUUGGUGAUCGUCGUCUCGCUUUCUUAUGAUAAAGUGGACUACAUCCUCCCAAUUAGGAUAUUCGAACACCAAGAGCAGGUGGAGACGAGGAGCAGCAGCACUUCUGUGAGUAAUCAGGAGGCCGAGUGUGACCUGUUCUCGGGGAGGUGGGUUUUCGACGACGAGACGCGGCCGCUGUAUUCCGGGACGCAGUGCAAAUACAUGCACGAUGAGGUAGCUUGCGAGAAAUACGGCAGGAGGGAUCUCAAGCAUCAGCAAUGGAGGUGGCAGCCAAAUGGAUGCGACAUCCCCAGGUUCGAUGCUCACGAAUUGCUAACAAGAUUAAAGGGGAAAAGAAUGGUAUUUGUUGGUGAUUCUCUCAACAGGAAUCAGUGGGUAUCAAUGGUGUGCAUGGUGGAGUCCAUCGUAAGCAGUGAGAAGAAAUCUAUGAUCUAUAAUGGCUCACUGUUGUCCUUUAGAGCAAAGGAUUUCAACGCAUCAAUUGACUUCUACUGGUCCCCUUUGUUGGUAGAAUCUAACUGUGAUGAUCCAGUACUCCACCGAAUGACGAACCGCAUCAUGCGUAUUUCGAUCGAGAAACAUGCUCGACAAUGGACAGAUGCAGAUAUACUAGUGUUCAACUCUUAUUUGUGGUGGAAAAAGCCUGGAAUGAAGAUGAAGGUCUUGCAUGGAUCAUUUGAGGAUGAGAUCGAGAACUUGGAGGAGUUGGAGAUGGCAGAGGGCUUUCAGUUAGCAUUGAAGGAAUGGUCCAAUUGGCUCGAAUUGAAUCAGAACCCCAAUGUCAAGCUUUUCUUUGUCAGCUUGUCGCCAACACAUGUUUGGGGAGAUGAGUGGGGUGCAGCAAGUGAUCAAAACUGCUACAACGAGACUGAACCAAUUCAUGAAGAAGGGUAUGCAAGUAGAGGAUCAGACUACAAGAUGUUGCACAUGGUUGAGAGCACGGUUGCGAAAAUGAGGCGAAAAGGCAUGAGCGUGCAGAUUCUCAACAUAACUCAGCUUUCGGAGUAUCGAAAAGAUGGGCAUCCAUCUGUUUACAGGAGAUAUUGGGUUAAUAUUACGCAAGAACAACUUGCAGAGCCUAGUAGCUACUCCGACUGCACACAUUGGUGUGUUCCAGGAGUUCCUGAUGCAUGGAAUGAGCUCCUUUACAGUUACAUUGUUUCUCAACAAGUAUAGGCUGUUGUUGUAUGAAAGGAGGUGCCUCUUCUUCCUAUUUCUCAUGCUCAAUUGAAGCUACAACAGAUACAACAGAAUUUCUCAGACCUUUAAAAUUGUUGCCAACCAUAUCAAAUCUAGAAACGUA